ACACAUAGAUAGAAAGAGAGAGAGAGACACACAACAGGGGCACACACAGUUAGAAAUGCAACAUCUUUGAUGCAAGAAAAAAAGGAAGAGAUUGGAAGCAAGUUCAUGAAUUUUUCAUGUUUUUUGUUUGUUCUCCACUCUCUCUCUCCUCCCCUGUUUUCCUCCUUCCUUGUAUUUUAAACAAUGAAAAUUGCAGAUUACCGGUCAUCCUUUCCCCUCUAAAGGAAACACCCAUCAUUGCUCCCAACAAUCCUUUUCAAACCCCUUGAAACCCGAGCUUCCAAUAUAUCAAUCCAUCAUUCUUCUACUAUUUAAAUACAUACCCUUUUUUCGAUCACCCCCCACCCCCACCUGUCUGUCUCUAAUUUCCAUUUCCAAUUCCAUGGAUCCUUCAUCCACAAACUCUGUCAAUGGCUACUACUCCUUUCUCACCAAAGGAAUCGAUGAUCUCGAACGCCUCCUACUCUCAAACAACUUCAUGUCUAUCCAAUUCCUUCAAAGAUCACUCUCUCUCCUCAGAUCAUUUCACACACAAGUCACCCUCCUCGUCCAAAAGCUCCAUUUACCAGUGGGUGAGAAAUGGUUAGACGAAUACAUGGACGAAAGCUCCAAGCUUUGGGAAGUUUGUCACGUCAUCAAGUCUGGAAUCUCCGGCAUGGAGAAUUACUGUUCUUCCGCCUUCAACAUAAUUUCCUCAUUCGACAACCAUCGAUUUCUUUCACCUCAAAACUCUCGUCAGAUUAUCCGUUUGAUCUCGGGUUGCAGGAGAGAGGCUGUUGGAUUGGAGGAAGAGAAUAGAUCGUUAAUGGAGACAAGAAUUGAGCCGCUGUCACUCCGGUUCGAUGAGAAAGUUUCUGUUGAAUCUAAGCUCAACGGGUAUAAUGGAUUCAGGGGAGUUUUAUAUGCAAUGAGAAACGUUAGUUCUUUUCUACUGACCAUAUUGCUUUAUGGAUUGGUUCAUUGUUGGCCGGAACAGAGUAUUAUUUGGGAAAGUGAAUAUGAAGGAUGUUUGUUGUUUGGAUCUGGGUUUAUGAUAUCGACGGCGAGGCUGCAGAGGAGGGUGGCGGCGGAGAUCGGAAUGAUUGAUGGACGGCCGGGAUUGGUUAUGUUUGAAUUCCGUCGUUCGAAGGAGGCUAUGGAGGAGAUGAAGGAGGAGAUGGAGAGGAGAGGAUCAUCAUCACAUGAAUCGAUAGAUUGGGAGAGAGAAGUUGGGGUGAGAGAGAGUGUGGAGAGAUUUAGGGCUUGUUUGGUUAUGCUGAAAUCUGGGUGUGAGAGCAUUGUAGGUCAGCUUGAUGAUUUCUUUGAUGAAAUUGUUGAAGGAAGGAAGAGGCUUUUGGAUUUCUGUAGUAGUCAUAGAUAGA